AUGAAAACCUACUUGGCAAAGCAUGGCGUUUACUGCCCGACCUCUAGUAUACAGCCAGCGAAGAAGGGACCAGACAUUCGAUGUUUUAUGGGUGGUAAACAGAGUCUCACUCAUCAAGAGGUCUUAGAAAGAAGGAGAUUAUGGAUCCUCGCUCUUUGGAUUAACCGAAGUCCUCAGCGCCGACAGAAAUGGAAGGAGAUUUGCAAACUCAACAGUCUUCCAGACAAAUUCGUUGCGUAUGAUGUUACGACACGACGGAACUCGACAUUUCGUAUGGUGGACGAUGGUCUGAAGUCAAGGUAA